CAGCGGCUCAAGCGCGAGCAGGAGAGGCUCCAGCAGGAGGAGAGGCGCGAGCAGGAGGAGAGACGAGAGCAGCAGCUCAAGCGCGAGCAAGAGAGACUCCAGCAGGAGAGGCGCGAGCAGGAGGAGAGGCGCGAACAGGAGGAGAGGCUCGAGCAGCGGCUCCAGCGCGAGCAGGAGAGGCGCCAGCAGGAGGAGAGGCUAGAACAGGAGGAGAGGCUCGAACAGCGGCUCAAGCGCGAGCGGGAGGAGGAGAGGCUGGAACAGGAGAGGCGAGAGCAGCGGCUCAAGCGCGAGCAGGAGAGGCGCGAGCAGGAGGAGAGGCGCGAGCAGGAGGAGAGGCGCGAGCAGCGGCUGAAGCGCGAGCAAGAGAGGCUGGAGCAGGAGGAGAGGCUCGAGCAGCAGCUGAAGCGCGAGCAGGAGGAGAGGCGCGAGCAGCAGCUGAAGCGCGAGCAGGAGGAGAGGCGCGAGCAGCGGCUGAAGCGCGAGCAGGAGGAGAGGCGCGAGCAGCAGCUGAAGCGCGAGCAGGAGGAGAGGCGCGAGCAGCGGCUGAGGCGCGAGCAGGAGCUGGCAGAGGAGGAGCAGAAACAAGAAGAGCAGAGGCGUCGCCAGGAGCAGGAGGAGAAGAGGCGGCGCCAAGAGCCGGAGCAGCAACUACGGGAGCAGGAGGAGCAGGCCCGCCGGCAGGAGCAGGAGGAGGAGCAGCGGCGGCGCGAGAGGGAACAGGAGCUGCAGUUACUCAGGGAGGAGGAGCAGCUGCAGCGGCGGGAGCGCGCCGGACAGCUCCAGGAGGAGGGCAACCUCCAGGAGGAUCGUGAGAGGAGGCAACGCCAGGAGGAGCAGCGCCGCGACCAAAAAUGGAGGUGGCAACUAGAGGAAGAAAGUCAGAGACGCCGCCGCACGCUGUACGCCAAGCCGGCCCUGAGGGAGCAGCUGAGAAAGGAAGAGCAGCAGGAGGAGCAGCUCCGGCCCCAGGAGCGCGACAGGCAGUACCUCCAGGAGGAGCUGCAGCGGGAGGAAGAGCAGCUGCAGAGAGAGGAAC